UCCGGUUCCCGGCCCCUCCCACUUCCGCCCCGCGGCCCCGCUCCCCUCACGGCCGCGCUCCCCUCCCGGCCCUGCCCGGAGCGCUAUCGGGGCCCUUUUUGUCACCUUUUGGGGGCCCCUCCGCUUCUCGGUGCUGGCGUGCGGCCUUUUGGAGCCGUUUUCAGCCUCGCUACCGCAUUAAAGGUCGAUUUCAUUAACCCUUAAGGGCCUAUAAAUUGCUUGUUUUCUGGUGGCUGCGUCCCCUCAGGUGUGUUUGGAGCUGGAUUGGAGCAUGGAGCCCAUCUCCCUGCCAGAGCCAGGCAUUCCUGCAGGAAGCAGCUCAUCUGUGGCACGGGAAAAAUUCCACGUGCUGCUGGGAGUGACUGGAAGCGUGGCUGCCCUCAAGCUGCCCGUGCUGGUGGCAGAACUGCUGCAAAUCCCUGGGCUCGAGGUGAAGGUGGUCACCACUGAGAGGGCAAAACAUUUCUACAAUGCCCAGGAGAUUCCUGUGACUCUCUAUGGUGAUGAAGAGGAGUGGCAGCUGUGGAAGGGCCGCUCGGACCCCGUCCUGCACAUUGAGCUCCGGCGCUGGGCUGACCUCAUGGUGGUGGCACCUCUGGAUGCCAACACGCUGGCAAAGGUCGCCAAUGGCAUCUGUGACAACCUGCUGACUUGCGUGAUCCGCGCGUGGGACCUGAGCAAACCGCUGCUCUUCUGCCCAGCCAUGAACACGGCCAUGUGGGAGCAUCCCAUCACAGCUCGCCAGGUGGAGCAGCUGAAGGGCUUUGGCUACACGGAGAUCCCCUGUGUGGUGAAGAAACUGGUGUGUGGGGAUGAAGGUCAGUCCUUUUCCUGGCUCCUGCUCCUUUCCCUCCCUCAUCCUGGAGGGAUGUGCUGCCUUUUGCUGUGUGGCCACAGAGAUGUUGAACUGCCACGGUUUGUACAAACAACCUGAAACUUUGCCCUGUGUUAUCCCUCAUCAUUAAUUUUUAAGUAGCCUUAAGAGCUUCCAGGUGAGCCUGAUAUUGAAGAGAAAUGCUCGUUCAGGAAGAGAGGAGAUCAAAGAGAAGGAAGGUUCCGUGGUGAACGUUACCAGCCUGGGAUUUGGGUGUCCUGACUUUGCCCUCUGCUGGGCCUGGGGGCUGUUUUCAUUGUGCCUCAGUUCCUCAGCUCCAUCACUGGGAUUAAAUCUUGUCCCUGAGUGCAGACAGUGAGGAAAGCCCUUUGUAGCUGGGGGUGUAGCUGUACACAAGUUUAACAUUUGUUGUUGUUGUUGCCUGGGUUACUUUUUAGCUUCCCAAACAAGCUUUGAUUUGGGGUUUUGACAGCAGAGUUCUGUGAAGUGAAAGAGGGGUGUGGAGGAAGUGCAGACUGAAUACAUCUAGCUUGGAGUGCUAAGAAAUAAUGGUCUCAUUUGAGUUUUAGUAGCUUUUAAUGGAGGUAUUUUGACUUUUGGGAAGGUUUUUGAUACAAACCACUUGGAUGAAUGGAUUUGCUUUUUUAAUAAAAAUUCAUUGGGCAAAUCUCUGUGAAACAUGCCUUAGUUCCAGCCACAGCCUGCACCUACUUCUAUGUAACCUACUUCUAUGGAGCCCUGGCUCCAGCAGGAUUUUAACCACCCUGUCAGUCCAAUAAACAUUCUGUGACAAAGGCAGGCUGUUAAAAUGUCCCUCGUGGUUAAAUUCUAGGCCUGGCAUGGUUUUGGAAUCCUUAGGUAGGUGCAAUGCCUCCAUGGAUUUGUACUUUUGGAACUGAAAACUAGGAAAUAUUUACAGUUAGGUAAGUGUAGUCAAGUAACUCAGACAGCAGUUGAAAUAUCCUGGAUCAUUAGCCUUCCACUGGGAUUUUAGGCAUGAUUACAUCCAAUUUCUUCAUAUCCAGCUC